GGCGAUCCCCCGUGUAAGAGUGAGGUGGAGGAGGACAUUCCAGUCCAUGUGACCACAGAAAAUCCCUGUGAGAAGCCUGACGGAAACAUCAUGUUAUCUCUAGAUUGUAAAGAAGAUGAAGAUACCAUGCAGCGCUCUUCAGGAGAAAACUUAAUUACCUGUAAUGUACAUCCAGAACUUCACAAUGCAUCAAAUAAUUCCCCCAAGAAUGAGGAACUUUCUAAUGACCAGUCACAGAUUAUUAACCCAAGUCCAAAUCUAUCAUAUAAUCAUCCUAAACAUGAGGAAUCUUCUCCUGACCAAUCACAGAUUAUUACCCCAAAUAUAGGGCAGAAACGGGGUAAAAGGUUUCAUUGUGGGGAACGUGAAAAACAUUUCAGAAAUAAGUCAAAGCCUUCUGUAAACAAAAGUAGUCAUACAGGAGAGAAGCCGCAUUCAUGUUCAGAAUGUGGGAAAUGCUUUAACCGGAAAGCAUUACUUGUACAACAUCAAAGAAUUCACACAGGAGAAAAGCCAUAUGCAUGUUCAGAAUGUGAGAAAUGCUUUACUCGGAAACAAAGCCUUGAUCUACAUAAGAGAAUUCACACAGGAGAGAAGCCAUAUUCAUGUUCAGAAUGUGGGAAAUGCUUUUUCCAGAAAGCAAGCCUUGAUCUACAUAAGAAAAUUCACACAGGAGAGAAGCCAUAUUCAUGUUCAGAAUGUGGGAAAUGCUUUAAGACUAAAUCAAAACUUGAUGAACAUAAAAGAAUUCACACAGGAGAGAAGCCAUAUUCAUGUUCAGAGUGUGGUAAAUGCUUUAUCCAGAAAUCAAGCCUUGAUUCACAUAAAAGAAUUCACACAGGAGAGAAGCCAUAUUCAUGUUCAGAAUGUGGGAAAUGCUUUAUCCAGAAAGCAAGCCUUGAUCUACAUAAGAUAAUUCACAUAGGAGAGAAGCCAUAUUCAUGUUCAGAAUGUGGGAAAUGCUUUAAGAUUAAUUCAAAACUUGAUCAACAUAAAAGAAUUCACACAGGGGAGAAGCCAUAUUCAUGUUCAGAGUGUGGUAAAUGCUUUAUCCAGAAAGCACACCUUGAUGAACAUAAAAGAAUUCACACAGGAGAGAAGCCAUAUUCAUGUUCAGAAUGUGGGAAAUGCUUUACCCGGAAAGCACACUUUGAUGGACAUAAAAAAAUUCACACAGGAGAGAAGGCAUAUUCAUGUUCAGAGUGUGGUAAAUGUUUUACAUAUAAGUCAUAUCUGGUUGGACAUCAGAGAAUUCACACAGGAGAGAAGCCAUAUUCAUGUUCAGAAUGUGGGAAAUGCUUUAACCAGAAAUCAAGCCUUGAUGUACAUAAAAGAAUUCACACAGGAGAGAAGCCAUAUUCAUGUUCAGAGUGUGGUAAAUGUUUUAUAGAUAAAUUCCGUCUGGUUCGACAUCAGAGAAUUCACACAGGAGAGAAGCCAUAUUCACGUUCAUAAUACGGGAAAUGCUUUGCUACAAAAUCAAAUUUUAAUCAACAUAAGAGAAUCCACACAUUAGAGAAGACAUGUUGAUGUUUUGUUAAAGAAUAAUGUUUUAUAAAGAAAUUAGUAUUUCAAACUUGCAGACUUUUUACCUCAUUGUGCCAAUAUUGUAUGCGAAUGAGCAACAGAAGUCCUACUCACAAGUCGCUGGUACAAAACCUUUUGUUUGUUUUUUUUUUUUUUUUACUUCAGUCCAAUAUAAAAUAGUGGUACAUCAUGAGGGACGCUGAGACAGACAUCGUUCACACCUCCUCCCAUCCACGCACCGUUUUGGGAGAACACGCCUCCUUACUCGUGCGUGCAGGUGGAGGUGGGAUUUUUAUAGCACCAACAGCUGAUAAAUAUAUACAAACCAUAUGGUUUGAGACAAAAUGCAUAGCCAUAAAUAACCCUAACACAUGAAAGUGAUCAAUCAUAUAAAUGCACUAAAGCUACAAAUUUUAUUUAACCCUUUAGGUAUUAAAGACUAGAGUUUUACUAUCCAAAAUGUGUCCCUUUGUAACAAUCUCCUACUGUUAUCCUCCUCAUGGACUCCACUUUUUACCACCUCCAGAACCUGCCACCUGAGAUCUGACAUCUGAUGGGCCCGAUCAUAAAAAUGUCGAGCGACCGUAGUUUUACCUUGUUUUUUCACCUCCACUGUUUCCAUCUUACUCUGCCUUAUGAGUUCCUUCCUAAUGCUGGACGUAUGGUCAUUGAUUCUGAUCCUUAUAGACCGAGAUGUUUGCCCAACAUAUAUCUUACCACAUGGGCAUUUCAAGCAGUAUGCUAAUAAUGUAUGCCGAUGAUAUUUUCUUAUUUUUGAAUCAGGCAUCACUGCACCUGGACAGCCAACAGAUAUCCGCAAGGCAAUUUCAACCCAAUUUUGAGACUGACUCGGCUGUCAGGGAGUACGCAUCGCUUCUCCAUACAUCGGGAAAACAGAGAAGUGAUAGUGGAUUAGCCAUAGACAGAGAUGAAUUUAUGAACGGAUACACAUUUUUUGCAUUUGAUUUGUCACCAGAUCAAGAACCAGGCGGACAUUUCUUGCUCAUUAAAACUGGGAAUCCUAGAGCGGAGGUGCGCUUUGCACAGUAAUUAUGAUAGUUUACUCUAUAAAUACAAAUAUAGUGGAAAUUAAUAAUAGAAGGGGGAUAGUUUGCGACUUUUAACUAAGCCGCCUUGCAAGUUUGAGAAAUGAAUAAUCACCGCCCUGCGAGCUUGAGAAAUGAAUCUACAACUUACAAUUCUGGCUAAAUCUGAUCCGUAUAUGAGGUUCCUAUUUGCAGGAGUAUUUCCGAGCGACUUUCGGAAACCUAGGUUUUAGAGGGUGAAAAUAGGAAAAAUAUAUAUUUUUGACAAAAGGUGUGUCAAAACUUUUAAUAAAAUAACAGACCAAUAUUUUAACACUGUAAACAUUAACAGUAGUAACCAGCAGCAUUAAUAACCAUCAUUAUUGACCUAAAUGUCCAGGUACAGUACUCCUCUAUUCAUCAGAGAACCCAAAAAACUCCUCAUCACUACUGUCCAGGUUAAUUACGCUCUGUGGCUCAGUAUCACUAGAAUCGCUGCCUUCAGAUUCGUCGUACAGCAUAUUGUCCUCAGUGCCAUCCAAGGCAUUGCUAAUGCCACACUUUUCAAAGGAUCUGACGACAAUUUCAUCGUUGACUGCCUGCCAUGAUGUUUUUACCCACUCACAGACUUGGGUGAUGGUGGGCCUCUUCAUCCGUUCAGUGGGAGUCAGGUCAUGGUUCCCAGCUGCCAUCCACUUGUUCCAUUCCUCCCUCAUGAACACUUUAAAUGGCUUAUUAAUGGUAACGUCUAGAGCUUGUAGCUGGCUGGUAAUCCCCCCAGGAAUUACAGCUAGAUGGGUGUCGCACUUCCUUAAAUCUUGUUUUUGUGGUUUCGCUGAUAUGUGCCCUAAACUGGUCAAGCACUAGUAGGGCAGGAUUCUUCAGAAGUCCUCCAGUGCCUUUGGACCACACCUUUUCGAUCCAUACUUUCAUGCCAUUUUUGUCUAUCCACCCUUUGUUGUGAACAUGGACAAUCACUCCUCGUGGGAUCACCUCCUUUGGCAUGGUCUUCCUUUUAAAAAUCAGCAUUGGUGGCAGCUUGGUGCCAUCUGCGCAGCAGGACAAGACAACCGUGUAAUGCGUUUUCUCGUGUCCUAAGGUCUUCACAGUUGCGUUUUUUGCGCCUCUCACAUCGACGGUCCUAUUCGAUGGAACAUUGAAGGUUAACGGGACUUCAUCCAUGUUCCCAAUCUGGCCUAUUUCAUAGCCAUGUUUCUUUCUUGAAGACAGCACAAAAUUAUGAAAAGAAAGAAUCUUGGACUCAUAUUCUUUGGGCAUUUUUUGUGCAAUUCUUGUUUUGGUGCGCAUAGCAAGGCCACAUCUUCUCAUGAAUCUGUAUCACCAUGAUGCCGAUCCAGUGAAGUCGUCAAUGCCUUUCUCUGCAGCAAGACGUUCUUGUGACAUGUGAUCCACUCUUUCAUGUCCAUGUCUAGCUGUGGCCACUUUGCAGCACACCCACGAAGAGUGUGUUUACUUUUCUCCACUUUCUCCAACCGAUCCUCUUGUUUCCUCCAUGCACGAAUCAUCUUUUGAGUUGGAGGCGGACCAAAAUAUCUCUCCGCUGCCCUGUUUCCAUGCUCUUUGCCGUAUUUUAUCACCUCUAGUUUAAAAGGAAUUUUAUACGAAAGCCUUUUCUGCUUUGACAUCGUUCAGAAAUGUACAGUAUGCAGCAGAUUACGGUAAUUUUCUGCAAUAGAAUACAGUAAUGGAAGAACUGUUAGCACUACAAUUAUGGGGGUACUGUAGCUAAGAACAUCAGUGGAUGACAAUGUUAUGGGGGGAUCUGCUGCUGACCCAAGUUUAUGUGGGGGGAUAUGCUGCUAACAUACGGUACUUAUUGGGAAAGGGGGGAAUCUAGCGACACUUUAAGGCAUCAUGCAGACAUCCAUGGAGCAUGGUCCGUGAAAUCCCGUCCUGCUGAGUGCACGAAGGGCACGGCGUCAUAGCAACCAAUGUGCACUCAGGAAUUCAGGCUGGGAUAUCGGCUCCUGUCUGCAUGACGCCUUAAUAAGGGGGUCACUUUAUAUGGGGGGGUCACUUUAUUAGGAGUGGGGUCACGUUAUUAGGAUGGGGGCUGUCAAGAUCGGUGUUUAGCACAUUUCCUUUCCCCCCACUUCACAUUUAAAAUGCUACUGGCUGCAUGCAGAGCUGUGCCCUGCCAGAAAGACAUCCCUAAAGACCCCACUGCUAUUGUGCUAAAAUGAAACAAAUAAACAAAUAGUAUACAGGGAGUGCAGAAUUAUUAGGCAAAUGAGUAUUUUGACCACAUCAUCCUCUUUAUGCAUGUUGUCUUACUCCAAGCUGUAUAGGCUCGAAAGCCUACU